AGACAGAGUUGAAAAGGACCACAAUACUAAAGUUUCCUUCAAUGUGGUUGGGUUGCACACAUGGCAAAGCAGCACACUAUUCAUAUGGAUUGCUACAAAGAUAUUAAAGGUUCUAUCUAUGACUAUGAUGCCCUGACUCUCAAUGGAAAGGAACGCAUUCAGUUCAAGCAGUACGCCAGCAAGCAUGUCCUUUUUGUCAAUGUGGCUACCUACUGUGGUCUGACAACUCAAUAUCUUGAACUGAAUGCACUACAGGAGGAGUUGAAGCCAUUAGGCCUAGUUGUGUUGGGCUUUCCCUGCAACCAGUUUGGAAAUCAAGAACCAGGAGAGAACUCAGAGAUCCUUCCAGGAUUGAAGUAUGUUCGUCCAGGCAGAGGAUAUGUACCUAAUUUCCAGCUUUUUGAGAAAGGGGAUGUGAAUGGUGAAAAUGAACAAAAAGUCUUCACCUUCUUGAAGCAUUCCUGUCCUCACCCCUCUCAGUUGCUGGGUUCACUUAAAAACAUAUCCUGGGAACCUGUAAAGGUUCAUGACAUCCGCUGGAAUUUUGAGAAGUUCCUGGUGGGACCUGACGGUGUUCCUGUCAUGCGUUGGUACCAUCAAACUGCAGUCAAUACAGUCAAAUCAGAUAUUUUGACUUACAUGAAGCAGUUCAAAACUAAAUAAGAAGGCUGAGCUAAUGGCAAGAGUCAGCCUACUUCUUACUUGAAGACCUCUUCAAAAAAGAAUCUAUCUCCUCACUACAGUGUGAUCCUAAAUGA